AUGCGGCCGGCCACAAAGCUCGCCAAUGCGGAUGAUAGACAGCUCAGAGUUGGCACCGUGAAAAUUAUGCGCGCGCGAGGAGCGAUCCUCGCGGGGGCCGUGGUCGCGCACAAGCGCCCAAGUGACACGUGGCCGGGCACAUCAUUGAGGCCGCUAGAACAGUGCAGACCACACGGCAUGUGCGCAAUCCCAGCGCGACACUGGCCAGGUCUGCACAGCUGCAUAUUCAGCCCCCGGCUGAUACGGGGUACGUGGGGAGGCAUCCCGUGCAAUGUGGAUCAUGUUGGUAACGCUUUAAUUGCUAUAUGCGAGAACAGUGCGGAGAACCGUCUUGACGAC